CACGACAAGAUUACAAAGAGAAAACUGCAUAUACCUAAAAGCCAAACUUAUAUUCAUAUAUACUUCUCAAACAAAUCACCUCUUUUCAUCUUGCCAAUGGCGAAUCAUCCAACCAAAUACCUCAUAAUCCUCCUCGUCUUCCACUUUAAUUCCUUUGAGUUCGGGAUUCGACAAUCUCGAGCCUGCCACCCUACGGACAGUGAGGCGCUCCUCGAUUUCAAGAGAAGAAUCACUUCCGAUCCCUUGAAAUUGCUCCACUCUUGGAUUCCUCACAAAGAUUGUUGCACUACAUGGGAGGGAAUCGCUUGCGACCCUUCCUCGGGUCGAGUCCUCAAUUUGACCCGUCCCGGGCUUUAUUCCGACUCUGAUUCGCCCGUGGACACCUCAAUGUCCGGAACAUUGUCCCCGUUUCUUGGGAAUCUCUCUUCCCUUCAAGUUCUAAAUCUGGGCAAUCUGAAGAACUUAAAGGGCCACAUCCCAUCUGAAUUGGGCAAGCUUACUAAGUUGCGCCACAUGUUUCUCAAUUCAAACGAUCUCGAAGGAUCAAUCCCGAGCUCCAUAGAGGGCUUGAGUCAGUUGCAAAGCCUCUUUCUUAGCAACAACCAUCUCACGGGCCCAAUCCCCCAAAAUCUUUUCAAGAAAAUGACAUCCCUCUCCCAACUCUGGCUCGCAGAGAACAUGUUGUCCGGAUCGAUACCGCCCUCAAUAGGCACAAUGCUGGAGCUAAGAUACCUCGAUUUCCAUGAAAACAAUUUCAGCGGAAGCGUACCUGAGUCCAUAGGAAGGCUUCAAAACCUCGUACGCCUUGACAUGUCAAAAAACCAGCUAUCGGGGCCCAUACCAUCAUCAAUAGGAAACCUAUCCAAUCUCAUGGAAUUGGAUCUCAACAACAAUCGCCUCCAUGGAAGCAUCCCACCAUCCAUCGGAAACAUGAAAUCCCUCGAAUUCAUCGUGCUAUCCGACAACGCUCUUUCAGGCCCAAUCCCGAGCUCCAUCGGCAACCUACGAAAGGUUCGAAGCCUGAUCCUGGAAAACAACAAUCUCAGCGGAAACAUCCCCACCACCAUCGGCAACAUGGCCAGCCUCGUGUCCAUAUACCUCUCCAACAACACCUUCACCGGAAAAAUCCCACCAACCCUAUCCCGUCUCGAGAAUCUAUUAACCCUAGACCUAUCCAAUAACCGGCUCUCCGGCCCGAUCCCACCCGAACUCGCCACCAACCACAACCUCCAAGACCUAGACCUUUCCUCCAACCCUCUCUCCCUCCACACCAUCCCUCCAUGGCUACAAAAACUCUCCCUCUUCCGCCUCGAGCUCAGGAACACGGGCCUCGUCGGCCAUCUCCCCGAGUGGCUAUCCUCGUCCUCAGUCUCCACACUCGACCUCUCCGGCAACUCCCUCACCGGAAAACUCCCCGGAUGGAUCGGAAACAUGACAAACCUCUCCUUCCUCAACCUCUCCAACAACAAAUUCCACUCCUCACUCCCUCACCAAUUCCAAAACCUCUCCGGCCUCUCCGAUCUCGACCUCCACUCCAACAUGCUCUCCGGGAGGCUGACGCGGGUGUUCUCCAAGGCCGCCGGCUUCGCCCUCGGCCACUUCAACUCCAUUGAUCUCUCACACAACAACUUCUCCGGCCCCAUCGACGCCGGAAUAGGAAAUUUGAGCGUUAUGGGCUCUCUGGGAUCUCUCAUUCUCUCUCACAAUCCAUUGGGAGGGAAGAUUCCGGAGUCUUUAGGGAAAUUGGGGUAUCUUCAGGUGCUGAAACUCGAAGGAAACAAUCUAUCCGGGGAGAUUCCGGAGGAGCUGGCCGAGGCGAAGCUUCUGGAAACUGUUGUGCUGUCGGAAAACGGCUUGAGCGGGAAGAUUCCGGAGGGAAUCUUGAAUCUUGGGCAUCUCAGUGAGUUUAAUGUUUCGAGGAAUCGGUUGAGUGGGAAGAUUCCGCUGCAUAAAAUCAAGAUUCCGGCUUCGUCUUUUGCUGGGAAUCCUGGUUUGUGUGGAGCUCCACUUGCUCCAUGUAAGGACUAAUUCUGUGUUUUUUAGGUUGAUUGGAAAA